AUGAUCAAGAAGCGUGAGAAACUCAAGAAAGACUACAUGGCUGUCAUCACAGAUCUUCACUCCAAGCUAAGAGAACUCGCUGAAAUCAAGCUUACCGAACCGGUCGAAGUCGAACUUCCGCCACCUUCCUCCACAAUCAAACACAAGAAACACAAGUCAGCGGAUCUACACAAAGAUGGCUCCUCUGCCAAUAUUGCCAUCGACGAAUCGGUUUCACCCGCUGUGCCAGUCCCACACAACUAUCCGGGUCCGGCAUUCAUCAACAAAGAACAACAACCGCUCAUUCUCGGCAACGGAAAGGCGCGCCAAGAAGGAUAUCGCCACUUCAUUGUCAAGCCAGGACAGUUCCCCUCACCAACACUUGAGAAGCUGUAUGGCGGUGCUGCAUCGCCAUCACUCAAGAUGGAUCAGUCACUCGACGACACCACUCAACAGGAGCUGGAGGAGCAGAUGAAGCGCGAGAAACUCGAGGCGCAAAAAGCACUGGAACUUGAAGAGGCAGCCAACAAAUACUACAACUCACUGCCCACACCGACAUCCGCUGAAUACUACAACGACGAUGACGAAGAAGAUGAAGAAACCGACGAUGAAUCAGUAGCUACUGCUACUGCUACUGCUGCUGGCGGUGCCGCGUCUAUCAAGUAUAACCCUCGUACUCGCAGUGGAAGACAACGUGCCACUGGCGGAAAGGCAGCACCUACAACGACUGUCAACAACCCAUAUCACUCUGCAAGCUACUCAACCAGUAUACAACCAAAGAUGAAUGCCGAUGGCAAACCGAUCUAUCCCUCGGUGAAUCAAGGCUAUAUCUUUGUCAGUCCCAACCUCCCACCGAUUCUGGGUCGUGCUCGUAUCGGUCGAUACGGCGGUACCUACAUCGACUUUGUUCCAGUGGACAAGCAGACCAGAAUCAACUUUUUAAAUCAUCUCAAACAUCAACAACAAGAGCAAGAGAAACAGAAAGAAUUAGAAAGAAAAGAACAACUUAAGCAACAUUUGGAUUUAUUUAAUAACAUCGAUUAUAUAAUUGAUAAUAAUUAUGGUUUAAACUAUAAUAAUAAUAAUGACGAUAAUAAUGAUAAUAAUAAUAACAAUAGUAAUAAUAGUAAUAAUAACAAUAAUGAUAAUAACAACUCUUAUCAAUCAUCUAUAAAUUUAUUAGAUAGAGUAGAUAUAGAAAUGAAUGAUUUUAUCGAGGAUAUCGAUAAUAAUAAUAAUAGUAAUAUAAACAAUAAUAUUUCAAACAAUAAUAAUAUAUCAUUACAAAAUUCACCUAUUUCAACAUCAACAAUUGACAAUUUAAACACAACACCAACAUCAACAACAACUGUAGAUAAUAACAAAAAUAAUCAAACACCACCAACAAAUUUUGACAAUGAUGACCGAUCUAGUAACAAAAGAAAAUUGGAUAUGAUCAAUGAGAAUAAUGAUAAAAUAACAAAAAUAACAGAUUUUCAAAACUUGAUAAACAAACAACAACAACAACAACAACAACAUUUAAAUGGUGGAAGUAGUAGCAGUAGUAAUGGAGGUAGUGGAAGUUAUCAUCACCAGAACGGAACAACGACAACUUUACACAACAAUGGAGACAGUGUCAGUAGUCUGGUAAACAAUGCCUCUCCGCUGGCACAAAAGAAACUAAAGACGACAACAAGUCCAUUGAACUCACCGAACGGUCACCAUCAUCUCACCCCAAACAAACAACUGAAAAAACAACUGUCUUCACCCCCUCAAGCCAACCAUAUAGAUCAAUAUUUAGUUAAAAAGACUGCACAUACUCCAUCAUAG